AUGAGUGUGGUGACGGGGGCGCUGGGAAGCCUUGGCCCCAAGCUUCUUCAGCUGCUCCAUGGUGAGUACAAGCUCCAGAAGGGUGUGAGGAAGCAAGUGGAGUCGCUCUCCCGCGAGCUGGACAGCAUCUACCCUUUCCUCCACAAGGUCUCGGAUGUGCCAUGGGACCAGCUCGACGAGCAGGUCAAGUUGUGGGCGCGCGAGGUCAGGGAGGCAUCCUACGACAUGGAGGAUAUCAUCGACACCUUCCUCGUUCGCGUCGACGGCGGAAAGAACAACUCCGACUCGAGCAGCCUCAAACUUGCCAUGACGAAGCUGGGUGAGCUGUUCAGCAAGGCCAAGGCUCGCCGUGAUAUUGCAGCAAAGAUCAAGGACAUAACAAAGCGUCUCGAGGAGGUGGCCAACAAUCGUCAGAAGUACAAACUUGAUGAGAUUAUGUGCAAGCCACUCGCAGCAACGUCAACUAUUGAUCCCCGCCUUAAAGCUAUGUACAAAGAAGUGACACAACUUAUUGGCGUCGACAAGUCAAGCGACGAGCUCAUGUCUCUGCUGAAUCAAUCCCAACAGGAUCAUGAUGCCUCCGAUAAGAAGAUGAAGAUGGUUUCAGUUGUGGGAGUUGGAGGAUUGGGUAAAACCACUCUUGCCAGAGCGGUGUAUGACAAGCUUAAACCACAAUACGACUGCGGGGCUUUCAUUUCAAUCGGUCGGGAUCAUGACUUGGUAAAAGUUUUCAAGGAUAUUCUCUUUCAUCUUGACAGUGAAAACCAUAAGGACAUUCACAACACUGAGAGAGGCGUCGAGCUCCUCAUUCACCAACUCCGAUAA